UAUUACCUGUUGCCUGGCAUCUGAGGCGUUUUUUCAUUUCGUGAUCACGAUACCGUUUGGUUAGUUGGUUUAGUCCACUUAAUGCUCGCAACACCUCGAGCAACAAAGAUAGAUUGACACUCGCGACGUUGCGAACGUUAAGUAGGCCAAACUAACCAACCAAACACUACCGUGGUUACGAAACAAAAAAACGCCUUUGUAGGGGCCUUUAUAACGUAUAAGCGCUCAAAGAGAACGCAGCUAAGAUGUUUUAAUAUAUAAUUGUAGAUCAUAUAAGAAACAGAAAAACGUACCAAACAAGAUAUUGUGUCUCAAGAAAAAUAAAAGUAAACUAGUAACCGGUUGACAAAGGAGGUUUCUGACCAGAAAGAAGAGACCGAACCGAAACAAUCGGCUAUAAUGGGUUCAGAUCACAGGCGAUGGGGAAAUCUGCGAAAAGUAUUGGAGAGAUCAGGACCAUUCUGCCGGCCCGACUUCGAGCCUUGUUCCGAGACUCUUCAGUUUCUCCUAGAAAACUGCAAGCUGCUCGUCAUCGGUGCCGGUGGUUUAGGAUGUGAGCUACUCAAGAAUCUAGCUUUGAUGGGUUUCAGACAGAUCCACGUAAUCGACAUGGACACAAUUGAGUUGUCUAACCUCAAUCGGCAGUUUUUGUUUCGUCACAAAGACAUUGGGUCUUACAAGGCUGAGGUGGCAGCGAGAUUCAUCAACAGCAGAAUUCCAGGCUGCAAUGUGAUUGCGCACAACUGCGAGAUACAGGCCAAGGACGAGGAGUUCUAUCGACAGUUCCACAUAAUAAUCUGUGGACUGGACUCAAUAGUUGCGAGAAGGUGGAUUAAUGGUAUGUUGCUAUCACUGCUUAUCUAUGAGGAUGGUGAAUUGGACAAGUCCAGUGUAAUACCGAUGAUCGAUGGUGGGACUGAAGGUUUCAAGGGCAAUGCUCGUGUUAUCUUACCUGGUAUAAGUCCAUGCAUCGAAUGUACAUUGGAUUUGUAUCCUCCACAAGUCACAUAUCCUUUAUGUACGAUAGCCAAUACUCCACGCUUGCCAGAGCACUGUAUAGAAUACGUGAAAGUGAUACAGUGGCCGAAGGAGAACCCGUUCGACUGCGCGAUAGACGGAGAUGAUCCGCAGCAUAUCAAUUGGAUUUACGAGAAGUCAAACGAAAGGGCGGCGCAAUUUGGUAUACAGGGCUUGACGUACAGGCUUGUGCAGGGUGUCGUGAAGAACAUUAUUCCGGCAGUAGCAUCAACGAACGCCGUUAUUGCCGCGAUCUGCGCGACGGAGGCGUUCAAGCUCGCGAGCAGUUGUAGCGCGUCCUUAAACAAUUACAUGGUGCUGAAUAAUCUGGACGGAGUUUACACGUACACUUAUGAAGCGGAGAGAAAAGAGGAUUGCCUAGCGUGUAGUCAAGUGCCAAUAACGAUCGAGAUCAAAGACUCGAGAUACAAACUACAAGAUCUGAUAGAACUUCUUUGUAAUCGGCCAGACCUGCAGAUGAAAAAUCCCGGUCUUACGACGAGCGUAAACGGUAAAAAUAAGACUCUCUACAUGCAAACGGUGUCCAGCAUAGAGGAGAGGACCCGCGAGAACCUGUCUAAGUCGCUGGUCGACCUAGGUCUAAAAGACGGCAGUGAAAUAAACGUCGCCGACAUCACGACUCCUAACACGAUUGUCUUGAAGUUGAAAUUCCCACAGAGCGAUCAAGAGAUGCUGUAACUACGACGGAAUAUCGUUUAUUAUUUUAUUACCUCGCUCCUCACCGUGGAUGUAUUGUCGAUGAGAUCGAAACAAACUGACAAUUACAAAUAUAAUAAGAUAGAAGUAAAGUGAAGAAGUGCUUACACAUAAUUACAUAUUGUUCUAUGUUUGCGCGCGAAGUAACGGGCUUUAUUACGCGGAUUAUACCGAGAUUGAUUGUGGGCGAAUAUGCAAUUAUUCUAUUUCAACAUGUGCCCACAGCAUUCAUUUAAUCGUCAGCAAUUUCUUUACCGUUCUCAAACGUAAGAAAAUAUGUGUGAAAAAGAAAUAUUGAAAAAAAGUAAACUAAUUUGUAACUAAAUAAUGAAGUAUACUCAGUACUUCAACAAUAAAGACACCACUGUAAAUACUA